AUAUCAAAAAUAAUAUCGUCCUGAUAUACAUCAAAAUGUCACUGGACCCACAAUAAUUAAAGUACUCCUAAAGGUUUUUUGCUACAAUAUGGUGGAUUUAGGCAGAGACAAAAGUGUAACUAACCUAUGCCAACUUUUAUAGUAGGAACCGAUCUUACAGCUUUCCGCAUUGACCUUAUAGAUGUGCUCAUCGGUUCUUUGGAAUAGCCUGCUGCACACAGUUGUUCACUCUGCUGCAACCAGUGUCCACCCUUUCUCUACUCAGGCUGUAGUUGAAUACUAAGAAAGCCAUGGCUGUCCAGCAGCAGAUCACCACUGUAACAACCACCCAGAGCUCAGGGCAAUGGAGCACAGGACUGUUUGACUGCUGCUCUGACAUGGGCACAUGUUGCUGUGCCACUUGGUGCUUCCCCUGUUUUCAGUGUCAGACGGCCUCCCACUACGGCUGGUGUGCCUGUAUGCCCCUGCUGGACCCAUGUGCCUUUAUGGCUGUCUCCUGCUGCAUGCGCUCCUCCAUGAGAGAACGCUAUGGCAUCCAGGGUUCGACCUGCGUGGACGUCGGGUUGGUGUGUUGCUGCUACGCUUGUGCCUGGUGCCAGAUGGCUCGUGAGGUUAAAACACGGACCACAUCAGGCAUGCAGCAGGUUCACAUGGUCACCCAACAGCUUCAUGUGGCUUAGGACCCAGAAAAGAGAGUGGUAAACUAGAUGGCCAAGCAAGAAGUGCAAUUUCACCAGAAAUGUUGAGCAAGUGCUUUGACUUUUAGUUCCUUAUCUUGCGUGACAGUUAACAUGGGGGCAUACUGUUUGCAUUUUAUAGUUUGAAAAAGAACACACUUCCGUAA